ACUGUUUUAAUUUUUCAGGAAAUCGCCGAAACUUCUUUUCCGAUUAUCCAAAAAACGAUGGAGAGAGUGAACGAAAGACGAGAGCAAAACAAUCCAAACGGAUGUUGCCUGAGAGAUGAGGAUUUUUCGCAAUUUAACAGCGAAGCAUUUCUUCGCGAGCUGGCUGCUGAUUUGAAUGAGGAUGACACUAACGAUCUCUCUUCAUCUCUCUUCGCUACUUCACGCAUUCCAGAAGAACACAUAAGAUCCACUUGCUAUCGACCGAGACUGACAAACAAGUUUAUGUUGAAGGGACUCGUCGAACGUGCCGAGCACUACAACAAGUCUGUCGAUCAAAGGACGAUGACAGAUGCUAGAAUCGCAUUCGAAGAAGAACAGCUGAAGAACGGAAAAUCUCCAAAUGCGGGAACGAGUGGGAUGGAAAAUCUGGCAGAUUCUGGUACACAUGUUCCAAGACGAGGGCGUGGAGAUUACUUUGGGAAACUGCGAAGCUUUGAGAAUGGAGUCAGUUUUCCGUCGAGACCACCAUUGACAUCUGAACAUUCGAGUAGUGGAGACAGUUACUUCAACAACAGCCAUAAAACGACACCAAACUACAGACGCUUCGCAAAUUCGAAUGAUAGCUCGAGGGACAACUCUCAAAUGGAAUAUAAGGCAGAAAACGAUGCCAGCCAUACUUCCCAAUCGUCAAACCGUUUCGGAUUCAAUUCCCAAAUUAAUCGUACUGACAUCCAUCCACCAGCGGCAAGGCACACAUUUAAUCCAGCUGCUGCAUACAAUGGAAAAAUCACGCCGGACUUUCGCUUCAAUUACAUUCCGAAUGCAGCAGUGCCAGCUCCAUCGGUGGUUCCAGUGAUAGCUACUCAUCCUGGUGUUGCACCGCCAUCUAUUGUGCCCUCACCGAUUCGUAUUGGACAACGUUACCCAAAAAGACCUGAUAACAUGCCAAAGCCAUCAUCUGAGCCGAAACAUCUCAAUCACAACUACUAUCAAAUCGAGCUUUACGGAGCAACACAAGAGGAUAGAAUUGCACAGAGAAUCGAAAAGACUGUUAGACAGACGGAGGCGCCGGUCCGACGAUUCUGAUCAGCACGGCAUCCACAAGCAGUUAUUGUUACCUAUUGAUUUUAUUAUCGAUUAUUCUGUUUUAGAGUGUUUGAUUAACUCUUUAUUGACUUUUUGUGCGUAUUGAUGUUUUCUCAAUUAAGAAUUUCAUAAAAGUUCGUUGUUUUA